AUGUUGGUCCCGAUUCUCAUCUCGUCGGUGGCAGCCGGUCUGCUCUCCGUCAGCUCGUACUUCCCCUACAAAAACCACCUCAAGCUUCACGGCGAUACCCUCGACGCCAAGGCGCUGAGCACGGGCCAUCAGCUCAAUCUCGAACACUGCCAGCCCGUCUCGACUCGCUUGCCCAACGAGCCUGCGGGGCCCGUCGAGCCAUCGUUCUGUGAGGAUAUCGUUCUCGAUCGCCUCACCGGUAUGGCCUACCUGAGCUGCGAUCCCACAAGGCUCACCUGGGAUGCUCGUGCGGGCAUCUACGAGGAUGGCGGGGACAAGCUCGCAUCCGAGCAUGGUACGCCGGGCAUCUGGGCUUGGGACACCAACAGACGAAGCUUGGCGCGCAAGCUGUACAUCUCGAUGCCUCCUCCCGAGUAUCCACUUCAAGCCCCUGCUGAUUUGGUAUCCACGUUCCACCCACUCGGGAUCGCCGUCACUGCGUCGAAUCCGUACUUUAUUCAAGAGCUCGACCAAGGCGUCGAGCCAAGACCAAAACCGCCCGCCAACCUUGUCAUUGUCGCCAACAAGCCGUACGCGGAUCGUCCUGGUGUGGUGGACAUCUUCGUACACGACCUUGACAAGAUCGGUGGCAAGGACCAUACGACGCUGCGAUGGGUCAAACGGGUUCAGGGUCAGGACCUGACGGGAGUUCAUGUCGACUUGGACGUUCCAUUCAACGUGGACCCCUUCCGCAUCGCUGUACUCACGGAGCAGUACUCUCAGCCCAUCCAGCGCGACUAUCCCGAGCCUAAUCACGUCAAGGAGAACCCAGACCACCUCGCUGGAUUCCAGGACGACGACGUUGCAUCCACAGCAGCCAGAUCCAUUCGCAUCCCUAGCUUCUUCGUUACGUCGCUUCCCGACCGCAGUAGCCAGCAGGCUCCCCCUACGGCUCUUACUCAGCGCUCCUCCCUCUUCACCGCCAUGUGGCAACCCGUAGCGUCGUACUUGUUGCCUCAGUAUUCACUCUCCAGCGGCCCGCUCACACGCAAAGUGUUCCUCCACCACUCGUCGAUCAACAAGACGCUCUCAGUGCGACUCGACGGAAACGACCCGGACCAGUGGGAAGGCUUCCCCCCGCUCAUCCAGGCUUGGGACGGCGGCGGAAAGCAGGCUGGCUCCAACUCGUCGGCGUCGAUCAUCUACAUCCCUUCGCUCUCGGUGGAUUCCGCCAAAGUGCAGGAGUGGGAGCAGCACUGGGUGCGUGGCAUCGCGGGCGGCAUCCGUGACCAUCGCGUCACCGAUGUGCAGCGCACUGCGGACGGCAAGCCGAACAACAUCCUGCGCGUGUACAAGACGUACACGCCUUCGUUUGUGCAGUUCUUCUCGACAGAGCACGAGACGCCCGUACGUGCGCUGGUCGUCGACGAGCACGGCCGAUUCUGGACUGCGGGCAACCCGAGUACACGCUCAGUCGAGGCAUGGCUCGCCUCGCAACGCGACGAACGACGUCGACGUCUUGGCUUGCCCACCGCUGGGCCGGCUCUGUCGAGCUCCGACCGUCCGCCUCGUCCCGCAGGCAAGAUCGACCAGACCACCUACGUCUUCCGCCACUUUGGCAGCGUCGUCGCGCAUCCGUGGGAGAAGGCGAAACUCAAACUCAAGCGGGAAAAAGGUGUAUUCCUCAGAAAGGAGUUCCACACGUUCAACGUCUUCAAGAGCCCUGCCGAGACCAAGGCUGAGAUCGAGGCGCGCAGCGAAGAAGAGUUGAAGCACCGUGGAUUCCUGCCUACGGUUCCUACGGGUCUGGCAGUGGAUGUGGGCAGGAAGCUGCUGUACGUCACGGGUGCAUACGAGGAGCGCGGUAUUGCUGUUUGCGCUUUGCCAGCCGAUUGGACCGAGGCUUGA